GACAGUUCCAAAUUCAACAAUAUACAAUAUGACCGCCUAAACUAAUGAAAGAAAAUUGACAAAUUAGGAAACAAAACCGUGAAACUUCAAAUUGAUCAAAUCAUCUUCGAUCAAAUUCAAAAAACUCCACAAUUCACUCGAGUUUUGUUCAAAAUCAUGUCGCCUUCGAUGUUGACGCCAACGCACAAGUAUGCGGCCGGAGCCUUAAUCGGGCUGGGCCUUCACCAGGCCCAGAUCCACCAAACUUGUCCAUUGGGCUUUCCGUCCGACGAUUCCUUAUCGGAGGAACGUAGUAGCAAUGGCAGCAGUAGCGAUUCCGUCUCCGACGACCCUCACCUUUGGGUCCACGAAUCCUCCGCUCUCCUUCGGCCCAUCUUCAAAUUUCUAGAGAUUGACGAAAAGGCAUGGUCAGGACUAGAGGAAACUGCUGCGUCUACACCACCAAAGCAUCAUGUUGGAGCGUUUCUAAGGUUACUGUCUGAAGAAAGUAGUGAUGAUUCUUCAGAAGCAGCAGACAUGGAACUUGCUUUAGCAAAUGGGGUAGAUGCUAUGGCGUCAAGCAUGGAGAGAACUUCUGAUAAUGAGUCUGAGAAGGAGAAGAGGCGCGAAUAUAAGAAUGAAUGUCUGGAGAAGUUAUCGAUUGUUGAUGUGAAGUCCACAUCUAACGUGGAAAAAACGAAUAUUGAAAAUUACCAAGAGAAAAGCCAGAAACCAUCUAGCAUUGCUGGUGCUCAUUUGGAGGCUGUUAGUGGCUCUGAUGAAAAACCUGUCGAAGAGGUAUCAAUGCUUGGGUACUCUAGGAAAGUGACCAUUCUCUAUGAGCUUCUUUCAGCUUGUCUCGCACAAGUACCUGAAGAUGGUAAGAAAUCUACUCGAAGAAGGAACGGUUAUGAUGCUCGACAUCGUGUGGCUUUACGGUUGCUAACAACUUGGCUUAAUGUCAAAUGGAUCAAAAUGGAAGCCAUUGAGACCAUGGUUGCUUGUUCAGCGAUGGCUUUGCUGAAAGAGGAAGAAUCGAAGGAGGAAAGCCAAUCUCCUGAUAGUUCAUGGGCUAAGUGGAAACGAGGAGGUAUUAUAGGUGCUGCUGCAUUGACUGGUGGAACUUUAAUGGCAAUUACUGGUGGUUUGGCUGCUCCAGCAAUAGCUGCUGGCUUUGGUGCUUUAGCCCCUACCUUGGGGACUCUUAUUCCUGUGAUUGGAGCAAGUGGGUUCGCUGCUGUUGCUACUGCUGCAGGAAGUGUUGCAGGAUCUGUUGCAGUUGCGGCAUCAUUUGGAGCUGCUGGAGCUGGACUUACAGGAACUAAAAUGGCCAGGAGAAUUGGAGAUGUUGAUGAAUUUGAGUUCAAGGCUAUAGGGGAAAACCACAACCAGGGGCGUUUGGCAGUUCAGAUCUUGAUCUCGGGUCUUGUUUUUGAGGAGGAAGAUUUUAUAAGACCUUGGGAAGGUCAAUAUGAUAAUUCUGAGAGGUAAAACGUCGUUCUUUUUUAUUUUUCUCAGUUUAUUUUUUUGUUGGUGAAAUACUACCAAGUUAGCAAUGAACUUUAUUUAACAUUUCUUACCUGUGUUUAUGAGAACAACCCAAUCAUUUCCCAUAUCUUUAGUACAAGGAGUAUAAUGCAACAACAACAACAACAACAACAUGCCCAGUAUUAUCCCACAUCGUGGGGUCUGGGGAGGGUAGUGUGUACGC